ACGGGUGGCGUAUAAAAGUCGUCAGAGCUAAAGCCGGGUGUAGUUUGUGUGAGUGGGUACAUCAGCCUUCUCACAGGAUUUUUAACCCUCGUACACUGGGACUUGAAAAGGUUCAGACCUCUGAGAAGAUUUCUGUCGGAGGCUGAAGUUUGGUGCCUGUGAAGGAGGGAGAGCCGAUAGUCUGCGCUUCGCGGAGCAUCUAACGGUGUCACACACGUACACGUACACGUACACGUACACACAUACACACGUACACACACAUACAUACACAUACACACGCGCGAGCACCGGGUAGCCAGCCGGACUUUCUUGGUGUGAUCAGACAGCAUCACCCUUCAACAUGUCGGUGUACGGCACAGCCUACGAUGGCGUCUCGCGCAGGCGCAGUUCGCUGGGGCCGGGGCCGGGGCCGGGGCCGGGGAAACCCUUCUCCUCCGCCCAGCAGCAGAGAUUACCUGAUGUAUCAGAGAAGCAUCGAGCCCAAUAUGAGGUUAACCCAAGUGCUGGGGUCAGCCGGAAAGACAAGAAGAAAAAGAAAAAGAACAAGAACAAGGAGCUGGACAGUCUCAAGCAUGAGAUCGAGAUGGACGAACACCGGAUUUCCCUUGAAGAAUUGUACAACAAGCUUGGCACUGACCCUAACUCGGGGUUGUCCCCCGAGCAAGCCCAACAGAUCAUGGAGCGAGAUGGACCAAACCAGCUGACACCACCCAAGACGAUACCCGAGUGGGUGAAGUUCGCCAAGCAGAUGUUUGGAGGGUUCGCCAUCUUGUUGUGGCUAGGUUCAAUUCUCUGCUUCAUCGCCUACGGCAUCCAGACCGUGCAGACCUCUGACCCCGCUGGCGAUAACCUGUACCUGGCCAUUGUGCUGGCUGGUGUGGUGCUGAUCACAGGCGCCUUCUCUUACUUCCAGGAGGCGAGGUCAACGAGGAUCAUGGACUCCUUCAAGAACAUGGUUCCCCAGUACGCUGUCGUGGUGCGGGGUCAGAAACUCAAUGUCAAGGCCGAAGAGCUGGUUUGUGGUGACGUCAUCGAGUGUAAGUUCGGUGACCGCGUGCCGGCCGACAUCCGGGUCAUCUCUGCGCACGGAUUCAAAGUGGACAACUCCUCACUGACGGGAGAAUCCGAGCCGCAGACUCGAACCCCAGAGUACACACACGAGAAUCCCCUGGAGACGCGCAACCUGGCGUUCUUCUCCACCAACGCUGUCGAGGGCACCUGUCGUGGAGUAGUCAUUCGUGUCGGCGACAACACGGUGAUGGGUCGCAUCGCCAACCUGGCGUCGGGGCUGGAGGUUGGUGACACGCCCAUCGCCAGGGAGAUCUCACACUUCAUCCACAUCAUCACCGGGGUGGCAGUCUUCUUUGGCAUUCUCUUCUUCGUCAUCGCCUUCCUCAUGGGAUACAACUGGCUGGACGCAGUCAUCUUCCUCAUCGGCAUUAUUGUCGCCAAUGUCCCAGAGGGCCUGCUGGCUACUGUCACGGUGUGCCUGACCCUCACGGCCAAGCGCAUGGCUCGCAAGAACUGUCUGGUGAAGAACCUGGAGGCCGUGGAGACCCUGGGCUCCACCUCCACCAUCUGCUCCGACAAGACCGGCACACUGACACAGAACCGGAUGACAGUGACUCACGCCUGGUACGACAACCGCAUCAUCGAGAUCGACAUCAGAGACGACAGAACCCAAAACAGCGGCGAGAACAGUGAACCGACGUGGAAGGCGCUCACCCGGGUGGCCAUGUUGUGCAACCGCGCAGAGUUCAAGGUCGGUCAGGAGAACGUGCCUAUCCUAAAGAGGGAGUGCAAUGGCGAUGCCUCGGAGUCAGCUUUGCUCAAGUUCGCUGAAAUGGCGGUAGGCAAGGUGACGGAGUAUCGCUCUCGCAACAAGAAGCUGAUCGAGAUUCCCUUCAACUCCACAAACAAAUACCAGGUGUCGAUCCAUGAGACGGAAGACCCAAAAGACCAUCGCUACCUGCUGGUGAUGAAGGGAGCACCUGAGCGCAUCAUCGACUGCUGUUCCACGGCGCUCGUCAACGGAGAGGAGCAACCGAUGGACGAAGACUUCAAAGAGGCUUUCAGCACCGCUUACCUGGAGCUGGGUGGUCUUGGGGAGCGAGUACUGGGUUUCUGUGAUCUACUACUUCCUGCUGAUCGGUUUCCUCCUGGUUUCAACUUUGACCCGGAAGGUCCUAACUUUCCCAUCACCGGGCUUCGCUUCGUGGGCCUUCUGUCCAUGAUUGACCCCCCGCGUGCUGCAGUGCCGGAUGCUGUGACCAGAUGUCGCAGUGCUGGUAUAAAGGUCAUCAUGGUCACCGGCGACCAUCCAAUCACAGCCAAGGCCAUCGCCAAGGGCGUGGGCAUCAUCUCCGAAGGCAGCCAGACAGUGGAGGACAUUGCUGCGGAGGGGAUCCCGGUAGAGCGGGUCAACCACAGAGAAGCGAAGGCCGCUGUCAUCCACGGCGGUGACCUGCGCAACAUGAGCCCAGCACAGAUUGAUGACGUCUUGCGCAAUCACUCGGAGAUCGUCUUCGCGCGCACCUCGCCUCAGCAGAAGUUGCUGAUUGUCGAGGGCUGCCAACGCCAGGGUCAGAUCGUCGCCGUCACAGGAGACGGGGUCAAUGACUCACCUGCUCUCAAGAAGGCCGACAUUGGUGUUGCCAUGGGUAUUGCUGGCAGUGACGUCAGCAAACAGGCGGCCGACAUGAUCCUGUUGGACGACAACUUUGCCUCCAUCGUUACUGGUGUUGAAGAAGGCCGCCUCAUUUUCGAUAACUUGAAGAAAACCAUCGCCUACACCCUGACCUCCAACAUCCCGGAGUUGACGCCGUUCUUGAUGUACAUCGUCAUGAACAUCCCCCUCCCCCUGGGCACCAUCGCUAUUCUGUGCAUCGACCUGGGCACCGACAUGUUGCCCUCCAUCUCGCUGGCCUACGAGACUGCCGAGAGCGACAUCAUGAAGCGCGCGCCCCGUAACCCGGCCAAGGACAAGCUGGUCAACGAGAGAAUGAUCUCCAGAUCAUAUGGACAGAUUGGAAUGAUCGAGGCCAUGGGCGCGUUCUUUACUUACUUCGUUGUCAUGGGUGAGAACGGUUUUUGGUGGGAUCGACUGAUUGGCCUCCGCAGUGAGUGGGACUCCAAAGCCAUCAACAGCCUGGAGGACUCCUACGGCCAGGAGUGGACCUACUCUCAGAGGAAGAGGCUGGAGUACACAGUCUACACGGCGUUCUUCGUCGCCAUCAUCGUCGUCCAGUGGGCGGACGUUAUUAUCUGCAAGACGCGGCGCCUGUCCAUAGUGCAAAAGGGCAUGACGAAUCACUACCUGACCUUCGCCAUAUUUUUUGAGACGGCCUUAGCUGCUUUCCUGAGUUACUGCCCUGGGAUGGAUAAAGGUCUGCACAUGUUUCCUCUGAGGUUCACCUGGUGGUUGCCAGCCCUCCCAUUCAACCUCCUCAUCUUUGUUUACGAUGAAGUUCGCAGGUACAUUAUUCGUCGAUGGCCCGGAGGAUUCGUAGAGAGGGAACUGUAUUUCUAGAACAUCACUAACAAAUGAAAAGCAACUUUAAUUUUAGAGAACACAAAGAAGAACGAAGUACAUUUCUAAAAACACUGAGCACAGAUCCACAGUUCUUUGGUCUGAAAGUCAAACUUUUUAGUUUCGACCAUUCUCCUCUUCUUUCAAAAAGCUUGUGUGACUGCUGCUCAACAUUGAUGAACAUCGCUGGCUCACCUCCUCUUACAUUUCUCUGAAAAACAUCUAAAUUUUAAACUGAAUUCGGUUUGAAGGUGAGCAGGAGAUGUAAUCUUGCAAGUACUACUAUUGUUCAACUGACAAGAUAAAGUCCUGUGACUCAAUCGUUUUUUUAAAAAGUUAUUUACAUCUUAUAAAGUGAUGUAGUCUGUUAAGUAAAGGCCAUUUUCUUUUAGGACAAUCAUUUUCUUUCCAAACAGUACUUAUAAUUUUAAACCUGCAAAUAAGUCAGGUAAAUAACAGCACGAUUUCUUACUUGCACUUAAACGAGUUUAUAAUCUUUGAAUUCAUGACACGUAGUUAAAGUAAUGGCAUUUAUUUUUGAUGUAAUUGUAUGUUUUCUCGUGUUUAAUUAUGAACACUGUGAAAUAAUUAUUUGUUCAUGUAAAAUAAGAAAAUAUUGCAAGGUAGAUAAGUCUGCUUGGUCCUACUGCAAUGGAAGGUGGUGGGAGUGGUGAGAGCAUGAGAAACGAACCAUCUGCUUUCGUGUUGGAGUCUGAGUCGCUGUUUGGACUAAACUUAGUACAGAUGCUCAUACUCAUGGAUUGAUCUUCUUCGGCUAUCCCAAAUUAUUCAUAUUAUAAUUUUUAAAAAUCGGUUUCUGACAAUAUACACACUAUUUCUACUCAUCCACAAUGGAAAUAAAUUCUAGAUGUAAAUAUACUCAUUUUCUCCAAGAAUUGAACUCAAGCAGGAAAGCAUUUGGUGUAAGUGAGGCUGUUUAGGGAUUAAAAAUAGGGAACAACAUUCCAGAUAAAUGUACAGUAUAUCAAUCAUGUUUAUGAUUUGUAAUCUGGAGAUAGAUAGGUUUGAACUGAAAUAUUCAGGUGUUGAACGGGUAUGUGUGUCGAUGACCAAACUGCUAGAGAGUUUUGAAUGAUGAGCUGUUUCCAGUUUUCAGACCUUUGAUGACAAGCUACUCGAUGUUAUAAAUGUCAUUGAAACAAAAGACUUGUCAUAUUUUUAAUUUGUAAUGUACAUACGGAGUUGUGCCUUUUUACAGAGUUAAAUGUGUAUGACAUAAAGUAUGUGGAUGUGUACAGUUUUGUGGUGAAAAUAGAGCUACAUUUGAAAUUACAUUACGGAUGUUAAUUUGUUAAGUUGUUUAAACAUCGUCUGGUUUCCUCUAGUUGUCCUCUGUUCAUGGAUUUUGUGUUCCUGUCAUCGAUGUCACUAAUGACUCCACAUACCCACCUUAAUUUUUAUUGCUACCCCUAUGUGCUCUCUGUUAAUGGUGGUGAACAUGUUUUAAUGGUCACUGGCUCCGCUAUGGGUCUAACCCAGUGUUAAGUGUGGAAAUAAUGAAAAAGAAACAAAAUACCCUGGUAAUUAGUUAUGAGUAUGAGUAUACAUUACCCAUGCUGGAAUUCAUUUAUGCAUAAGUGAAUGUAUGAACGACGUAUGUAUUUACAAAAAAAUCAAAAUAAAUUUGAUAUGGAUGUUG